UUAAAACACGAUCAGGAUAUUUGGAUAUUAGGAGCUAAAGGUGUCCCAUCUUCCCCACAUUAUUAUCUAUAAUUACCUCGUAUACAAAUCUAACCACAAACGAGCAAUGGGGUUUAUGUGGUAGAGGAGUAGUUACAUCCGUGCUGUCAAUCAUAUUUCAACCGCAAUCAUAUAAGGAUAAGAAAAGACGAUCGGAGAAGUUUGGUUUUAAACGUCAGUCAAAGCUACAGCGUAAUUACAGAUCAAACAGUAUUUGGUUUAUAGUUUGUGUAUACUGUGGUGGUACAGUGGCUAACGCGGCUGUAUCAAGUUCCAUGUGUCUAACACGGGUGUUCUGUUUCAGACACCUCGCGCCCACUUACAAGUUACCACGUAUGUUACUUUAUGGGUGAUUGUUUUUCUGUACGGCUGACAAUUUGGGAGAUCCAUAAAUGAUCACCAAGCUGGAGCAAUUGCUUUUAAGUUUUAUACAUGGUAGCAGCAACGAGCCUCGUACCUGGUGUAUAUGUAAACCUCAUGGUGCAAGACACAUACACAUUACCAACUUAACAUACAGACAUAGGAACAAUUAUCAUGAAACAUUUGUUCCAUGGCAUUGGACGGUAUGGGAAAAGGUUGAUAUUGUUGAUUGCCUUAUCAGCGGUUUGCAACCCGUUCGCAGUGUUGCAAUCACUCGUUAUACAAUAUAUACCACCUUAUCAAUGUGACUUAGGAGGAACAGACUAUCAGGCAAACUCUACAAAGAUCUGGAGCAACUUUACAAGCAACAUAAAUGCCAGUGAUGACCAAUUGAAAAGUUCAUGUACUUACCAAAAUAUAUCUGGGAACACUGUGUCGUGUACGAAGUUUAUAUUUGAAGGUCCAGAGGUGUCUGCAGUGAGUGAGUUCGGCUUGGUUUGUAGCAAGGCAUGGAUGAGACCAACUCUUGUCUCUGUUUAUUUCAUUGGGAAGAUGGUGGGAGGUUUCUUUGGUGGGGUGUUGUCUGAUAGGUUUGGAAGAAAGAAAGUUUUUCUUAUAUUCACUGCUAUACAAUUCAUUGCUGCAAUGAGCAUGAGCUUUUCUAACAGUGUCAUAACGUACGCUGUGAUGUUAUUCAUAUCUGGAUCUGGGAGCUUGGUGAACUUUAUGGCAGCUGUGUUACUUGGUGUUGAAAUGGUUCCUCCUCGAUGUCGUUCUCUCAUAGUUUUCCUCAUGAACAUUGGUUACUCAUGCGGAUACAUGCUCACUGCAUUGGUAGCUUUCCUGUUUAGAGAUUGGAGAUGGUACCUAAGGUUCACUGGGCUCAUUGGGGUCGUGUACCUUCCGUAUUAUUGGCUACUUGAUGAGUCGCCGUCAUGGCUAAAGAGCAACGGGAAACAUGAUGAUGCGGCAAAAAUACUUCUGAAAAUUUUGAAGAUGAAUAAAACGGCCACGAAGGAUGAGGAAGAAGUUUUCCAAGCUAAGAGAGGGGAUGAAACAAAAGGAUGUCUGAAAACUUUUGGGGAGCUGAUUAAGAAACCGAUUCUUAUUGGGAGAUACUUGAUCAUUAUAUGGGCAUGGAUUGUAGUGACGGUUGGUUACUAUACGAUCGCAUUAAACACCAACAGUUUAAGCGGGGACCGCUUUCUAAACAUGAUGUUUGCUGGAUUGAUGGAAUUAUUGGCGUGCUGUAUGUUUUAUGUCGCUGUGGAGGCUUGGGGAAGACGGAACACGUACUCGGGCGUGAUGGGGGUCACUGCUGCGUUGGUUGCUGCGAAUCCACUGUGGAUAUCAUGGAGUACAACAGUGGUGACCAUCGCUACAAUGUUGAGUAAACUUGGUUUGUCCCUUGCGUUCGGGGUGGUAUAUACUUACACAGGGGAGUUGUUUCCAACAGGCACUCGACACACAGUACUUGCUACAGCCUCAUCUUUUGGUCGGGCUGGGACCGUUGUUGCACCGUUUAUUAUAUUCGUGGGUGAAUCCGGCAACACUGCCACAGCAUCAUACAUAACAGCAGGGUUGAUCGCGCUUUCCUCGGCCACUGUCAUGUUGCUACCGGAAACCAAGACGAGGAAACUUCCACAAAAUGUGGACGAAGCUGUUGAGAUGAAAAGGUUUACCUGUUGCUGAUUAUAUGUGUGGGGUAUUUCAACCAAUCACAGCUCUUGUAUGAUUCAAACCAACCAAUCACAACUCUUGUAUGAUUCAAACCAACC